ACUGGAUAUCAGGUCGACAGCGUCUAAUAAUUUCGAGAAAUCAUAACAGAAGGAAAACAACAGCAACAAAACCGAAUUUCCAAACAUUUUGUGAUUUUUUUUUAUUUGAGAGUAUUUAUUUUUUUACAAGGUAAAUCUAACAGUCAUGACGAUAGCAGCAUAUCCCACGCAAGCAGAAGCUUUUGCUGCUCUUAAAAAGCAUGAAAUUGAUACUACAACCAGAUUUGUGACCGGCCAGGCAACUAAAAAUUUUGGAAAGCUAGAGCAGCUGGACAAGACUUCAAUACAUAAGAUAUUUUGGGAUUACGAUAUUCCAUACGUAAGUUGUGGCCGCAAAGUAUUAUUCUGCCAUCAUGGAAAGGACUACCAUAGAAAAAAAAAAGAAAGAAGAAGGAAGGGGGAUGAAGCAGACCAUUCUAGCUAUAUCAAACCACAGCUCACCCCAGUGACUCCUGUCACUCCACAGAGGGUUGUGCAAAGUAAAAAGCUGGACUGUCCUGCCAAGGUGGAGGUUAAGGAGGUCUUCGUAUUCUUUGAUUUGAAGACUGAUGAAGACCCUAGCAAGCACAAGAAAAAUAAGAAUUCACUUAUUUUGCGAGAGAGAAUUGCAUCUGGAAUCCAUGGCGGGACAAAGAGAUUUAUUCUUACCUUGCCACGGUUGGAAGACCAUAAAAACCAUCCAAUUGGAGAGGAGGCUGGAUUAACUGAGCCUAUUGACAAGGAGCUGAUAGAUGUUAUAGUCCAGUUUAUAGACGAGGGCGUGUACGAUUCCCCGAGUAUGAAGCAGCAUCUAGAGCAGUACGUUCUGCGCUGCCAUCCUGCCAUCCUCCGGACCAACAGGCGCUUCUACCCUGCCAUAAGGACCAUACAGAACCAUAUGAACAAAGCCCUACGUUUGAAAUUCCCCAAUGGCGAGCAUAAAGCCAAGGUUAAAGGCAGCAGGCAAAGGGAAGAGGGUAGCAAACGCAAAAAUAGAACGGGUGUAACAAAGAAAAAUGAUCUCUCUACAAAAAACCAAACUAAAGUCAGACCACCAACACAAUGGAAUCCUAAGGUCAACACUGAUGGUACCAUGUUUCAACAUCAUUACAUAGAUGAUACUGCAGACCAUGAGGAUGAGGUUGUACAUUGCCCACCAGACUAUGUUGAUGAACAAGAAGUCCAGUCAGCAACUCAAGUAAUACAAAACAUCGCAUGUGUGCUGUCAUCUAUGAAAGAGGAUCAACACUUGUCAACACAACGCAAGAGGAAGUCAGAUAUGAUGAGUAGUCCUGAUGACUUGUACAAGAGAGAGCUCAUCAACAUUGAAAGAGAGAUGCUGGAAGAAACAAGGACAAGAAACAGACUGCUCCAAGAAAUGAACACUAAAAUGGAUACACUUAUAGCACUUAAAAGAGUCAAACUGUUCAGCGAGAACCAAUUAAUACUGGAACAUUAAAGGAUGUUUUUACUUCGUUCCUUUCAUCUCGUAAUGUUUGAUGACAUUUUCAUACCUCACUUAGAAGUGGAUUUAUUAUUUCCACAAAGUGAUGAUACCUCAAAAUUAAUUAAACAUUAAACAGUAAAACUUUUUGUAUAAGGACUUGCAUAUAUUGUAUGGAUAUUUCAAUUAUUUUGUGAAAAUGAAAAAAAUAUAAUAAAUAGGAUUUUGGGUUGUUGGUACUAAUUGAUAGUGAAGAUCUUUAAUUGACUUAGUGGUUGGCUGUCUUGUAUAGUGGUUUGUAUUGUUUCGAUAACUUUACCAAAAGUUAAAUUUACUCCAAGAUGUUUUAGGUCAAAUUGCCACUACUUGUCUCGAAUUGAGCUUGGCACGGAUAUAAAUUACCGGACACACAUAUUAAUAGCCACCAGAAUGCAUGAGUCAAAAGUCAUAGAACUGGUCAUUUUUUAAUGUUGUACACUGAAGUAACAUGUAAAACAGCUUUUUGCUUGUACAGCCUAUAAACUUGUCAUGAAAAGAAGUUUUUGCAAUUGUUGGGUGCAUAUGUUUUCCAAACUGCAUUUACUAAGCAUGACUUUUUUUGAAGAUCAUGAUGUAUGGGUCAGUCAUACAAAUCGAUUGUUAGCUUUUCUUGACUGUUUGAUAAAGUAACAUUUAUUUAGAAAAUGUGCGUCAGUACUUCCACACUUCUGUUCUGCUCUGUAACUUUGUAAAACCUUAAGUAUUUGUUGUAUUAAAGUCAAAUUAGUUGCCAAUAUGAGUAGACAAUCAGGCAAUGUUUUUCAUACAUAAAUAAAGCAUGCGCAUCAAAAUUGAUGAACAAAAGGAAAAUUAUUUGUCAAAGUAGGGGUUUCCUCACUCUCACUUUCCUCUCCAUUAAAUGAUUUUGAAAUACCGUAAAAUCUUUGUUAUUCGUGGGUAUUAAUUUUUUGUUUAUUUUAGUUGAUUGACAAAUCCAUGAAUUGAACAAACGCAAAUGACUGUAAAAAAUUUAUCUCUUUCAUCCAAAAUCAGAACCAUAUAAAUCAACGUGCUUUUGAAAAAGGCAGAUAUCUUCCUGAAAUGUCAUGGUCAUAUUUGACAUCAAACGUGUAAGUACUUUAUUGUCAAAAUAGCAUAUAAUGGGUUAUCAAAAGGGACAGCGGUAGGUAAUACGACUUAAAAUACUAAAAAAUGUGAAGACUAAAUAAAUAAAGUUAUGAAGACUUCAUACAUUAGAAAAUUCUGUUCUUUUGAAUUAUGUGAAAAAUGUGUGUGACAAUAUUUUUUCCAAGACGGAAAGAAUCAAUAUAAAGAAGUGAAACUCUAGUUGCUUCAGCAGUAUUGCAUUUCUAUUAUAAGUUCAAAAUCAAACCUGAUAUUUAGUUAUGAAACAUCCCUUUUAAGAGAGACAUAGCCACUUACAAUCAUGUUGGUUGAAAUAUAUAUAAAAUGUGUUGUUUUUUCUACAGAUCGAAAAAAAUAAUGCAUAUGUGUGACAGGGCUAUUACUAUGCAAGUAUCAUCAAACAUGGUUGUAUUUAAACCAGGCAUAACAUUCACUGCAAAUGCUUUACCAGGAGAUGUGUUCAUAAUAAAUGUAUUAAUGUG